GGCGCGAUUGGACCGGAGCAUGACGGGACGUGGAGUUUCGGUCCCCGAACUACCGGGAGGAGUUUCUUCUUUGCUAACGCCGCUCACACUCUGGAGUCUUGGUGACAGGCCAUAUAUGAGAUACAUUAGUGACUCCUUUCUAACCCUAGUCUGGUCUUCACCCUGCAAAGUAACUUUGGAGUAAGCAAAAAACCACAAAAAGAAAAAAACUGAAAUAUUCUUUGUGUCUUCCGUUUCCGGCGGGCUUGUUGCCGUGGUAACCAGCGCGCACCACCACCGCGGCGGUUAUGGCCGGGCUGAGCGGCGCGCAGAUCCCGGAUGGGGAGUUCACCGCCGUCGUGUACCGCCUCAUCCGCGAUUCCCGCUACGCCGAGGCGGUGCAGCUGCUGGGCGGCGAGCUCCAGCGGAGCCCGAGGAGCCGCGCCGGCCUGUCGCUGCUGGGCUACUGCUACUACCGCCUGCAGGAGUUCGCGCUGGCCGCCGAGUGCUAUGAGCAGCUGGGCCAGCUGCACCCCGAACUGGAGCAGUACCGCCUGUACCAGGCCCAGGCCCUGUACAAGGCCUGCCUUUACCCAGAGGCCACCCGGGUGGCCUUCCUCCUGCUGGACAACCCCGCCUACCACAGCCGGGUCCUCCGUCUGCAAGCCGCGAUCAAGUACAGCGAGGGCGACCUGCCAGGGGCCAAGAGCCUGGUGGAGCAGCUGCUGAGUGGGGAAGGGGGAGAGGACGGUGGGGGCGAGAACGAGCCCGACGGCCAGGUCAACCUGGGUUGUUUGCUCUACAAGGAGGGCCAGUAUGAAGCCGCGUGCUCCAAGUUCUUGGCGGCCCUCCAGGCUUCGGGCUACCGGCCUGACCUUUCCUACAACCUGGCUUUGGCCUAUUACAGCCGCCGGCACUAUGCCCCGGCGCUCAAGUACAUCGCCGACAUCAUUGAGCGUGGCAUCCGCCAGCACCCGGAGCUAGGUGUGGGCAUGACCACGGAGGGCAUUGAUGUUCGAAGCGUUGGCAACACCUUAGUCCUUCACCAGACUGCCCUGGUGGAAGCCUUCAACCUCAAGGCAGCCAUCGAGUACCAACUGAGAAACUAUGAGGCGGCCCAGGAAGCCCUCACUGACAUGCCACCUCGGGCAGAAGAAGAGUUAGACCCCGUGACCCUGCACAACCAGGCGCUCAUGAACAUGGACGCCAGGCCUACGGAGGGGUUUGAAAAGCUACAAUUUUUGCUCCAACAGAACCCCUUCCCCCCAGAGACCUUUGGCAACCUGCUGUUGCUCUACUGUAAGUAUGAGUAUUUUGACCUGGCAGCCGAUGUCCUGGCAGAGAAUGCCCAUUUGACCUACAGGUUGCUCACACCCUAUCUCUAUGACUUCCUGGAUGCCAUGAUCACUUGCCAGACAGCCCCUGAGGAGGCUUUCGUUAAGCUUGAUGGGCUAGCAGGGAUGCUGACUGAACAGCUCCGGAGACUCACCAUACAAGUUCAGGAAGCAAGACACAAUAGGGACGAUGAAGCUGUCAAAAAGGCAGUGAAUGAGUAUGAUGACACUCUGGAGAAGUAUAUUCCCGUGUUGAUGGCCCAGGCAAAGAUCUACUGGAACCUGGAGAAUUAUCCAAUGGUGGAAAAGAUCUUCCGCAAAUCUGUGGAAUUCUGUAAUGACCAUGAUGUGUGGAAGCUGAAUGUGGCUCACGUCCUGUUCAUGCAGGAAAACAAAUACAAAGAAGCUAUCGGUUUCUAUGAACCCAUAGUCAAGAAGCAUUAUGACAACAUCCUGAACGUCAGUGCUAUUGUGCUGGCUAAUCUGUGUGUUUCAUACAUUAUGACAAGUCAGAAUGAAGAAGCUGAGGAGUUGAUGAGAAAGAUCGAAAAGGAGGAAGAGCAGCUGUCCUAUGAUGACCCAGAUAAGAAAAUCUACCACCUCUGCAUUGUGAAUUUGGUGAUAGGGACCCUCUAUUGUGCCAAAGGAAAUUAUGACUUUGGUAUUUCUCGGGUUAUCAAAAGCCUGGAACCUUACCAUAAGAAACUGGGAACUGAUACCUGGUAUUAUGCCAAAAGAUGCUUCCUGUCCUUAUUAGAAAACAUGUCAAAACACACAAUCAUGCUUCGUGACAGUGUUAUUCAAGAAUGUGUCCAGUUUCUACAACAAUGUGAACUUUAUGGCAGGAACAUACCUGCCAUUAUUGAACAACCCCUGGAAGAAGAAAGAAUGCAUACUGGAAAGAAUACAGUCACCUAUGAAUCCAGACAGUUAAAAGCUUUGAUUUAUGAGAUUAUAGGAUGGAAUAUAUAGUCAUGCCUGAUAGUCUUUUAUCAUAAUAGCUUUAUAUAUCUGCAUUUUAUAGUUUUAUCUAUAUUUGGCCAUUGGCAUCUUUACAUUUGUCACAUGUUAAACUUUGUAAAAUUUGAAAAUCAUAUUAAUUAGAUUAACCUUAUUUUAAGUUUGACACCUAGAAAGAUAUAUGAAAAAUUCAAAACUGAAUUGGGACUCUGUGUUUAUUAGAACCUGUAGUGCCUAUUUUCCCUCUCCUUUGUUAUCAUUUGUGCUUGGCUGUAUUUAGAGAGUCCCCUACACAGGGAUUACAGUUUCCAGCACUAUCUUGGCACUAUCAAGCCCAGAACAGAGUAGUUAACAUACAGGAUUUCUGGGUUUUUAGUAUUAAGUUUUAGGGAUUAUGUGUUCUAUUCUCACAACUUACCCUCAUAUUAAUUUGAAAUGCACACAUUUUGCAUAGAGUUUAAGAUGUUUGGGCAGGGUUUUUCAAUAUAGAUUUAACUUUCUGUAACCAAAAUCCCUUAGGUGAUAAAUGUUUGGUUUCUUGUUUUCUUAAUGUACAAGAUUCAGUGGAAAAUCUUGUGCCCUUAACAAAAUUAUGGUGCUGUGGUAUAAAGACAAUAAACAAUUGCUGAAGAAACAA